GUAGGUCAAUGUCAGAGACCCACAGCAGGAGAGAGGUUGCCUGCUGAACACAUUCCCAAAGUCUACUUCGACAUUAUGGACUGAGUGGAAGACCUGCUUUCUUACGUUGUAGCUCUUCAGAUUUCCAAAUAUACCUCCUCUAAGGGUUACUGACAGACUUCUCAUCCAAUCAAAGCUGAACUCAUGGAUUGGAAAUUUCUCGAGGGUCUUCUUAGUGGAGUCAACAAGUACUCCACUGCCUUCGGGCGGAUCUGGCUGUCAGUGGUCUUCGUCUUCCGGGUGAUGGUCUACGUUGUAGCUGCUGAGCAUGUCUGGAGCGACGACCAGGCACACUUUGACUGCAACACCCUCCAGCCUGGAUGCAAGAACAUCUGCUACGAUUACUUCUUCCCCAUCUCCCACAUUCGCCUCUGGGCUCUGCAGCUGAUCUUCGUCACCUGCCCUUCCUUCAUGGUCGUGCUUCACGUGGCCUACCGGGAAGAGAGGGAACGUAAAUACCAAGCAAAGCACGGUGCAGAUCGUCACCUGUACGACAACCCGGGGCAAAAGCAUGGUGGUCUGUGGUAUACAUACCUGAUUAGCCUCUUGCUAAAAACAGCCUUUGAGAUCACUUUUCUCUACUUGCUCCACUACAUCUACGACAGUUUCAAGCUCCCCAGAAAAGUCCAAUGUGAUGUCAGUCCCUGUCCUAAUUUGGUGGACUGCUACAUAUCCCGGCCCACUGAGAAGACCGUUUUCACCUACUUCAUGGUGGGGGCGUCUGUCUUCUGUGUGGUCCUCAACAUCUGUGAGAUCUUCUAUCUGAUCACUAUCCGGUUGGUGACCCUGAAGAAAAGGGGCUUGGUCCAUACCUCGUCUAUAAUGAAGGUCCGCCGUAACCUGGACUGAAAUGGCUGCAAGUCAUCUUUUAUAUUGUAGCUGGAAACACAGUAAAAUAAAUCACCAUUUGUAUUAAACUAAUGAUCCUUUUUCCUCAUUGUGGGUAUUAAUAAUUGUAUGUAUACUUUUCUAUGUAUUAUAAAUAUAUUGUAUUUUGACAUAUACUGUACAAUCCAAAGCUCUAUCGUUUUUAGCUGAGUGUAAUACAUAUUGCAGCCUAAAAAGAGUGUUUUUGGCAUACAUCAUUUCAAUGAAAGAAAAUACUUGAGGAUUGCCUAAUAUGUAUGACCUCUGUGUCAUAACCAAAACGGACAAUGUUUGUUUCCCGUAUUCUCAAAAACAAGAA